AAAAUGAAAAACAACUGAAACUCUCUUUCACCAUCCGCUCAAACGUCGAAAUGGAAAUCCCCAAUCCUGCGUACCCGUCUUGCCCAAAUCCCUCUCCGGCAAUGCUGAGAAACAACGACCCCUUUGCCUCAAUCACUGUUGUUUGCCACGUAUCCUCCUCCCAAGAGGAUCGCUUGCUUAACUGCCAUUUUGCCCUUGAAUCCGACGGAUGCUCCGACCAAGAAGACGACGACACAACCCCUGCUACCGGCGUCCACGUUGCUCCCACCGGCAUUCUCAUGGUUUCUCCGCCCGAUAGCUCCGAUGGAAACGAUGAUAGCAACCCCCACGACGUGUUCCAGACCCCACCGGAGGGUUCCGUACUGCUGAGCUCAGAGGAACAGGGAUUUAUGGCCGUUGAUCAUCCCAUUGAUCGGAUGGCUGAUGAACCACGUGACGCAGAAGCCCUUCACGACACUCUGACUGUGCAUGGAGGAUGUACCGAAGGCACCGAUACCGUGGAUUUGGGGAAGGACUCACAUCUAGGGCUUUCCGUGGUGUCACUGAAGCAGAGAAUCGACGACGAUUGGGAAGCGAAUUCUUCAAGCGGAGAAUUGAAGAAAUUAGAUCUUUUGACCAGAGAAUUGUUGUUCAAGGAGGGCUUAACCGAGUCGCUGUCGAAAAAACCAAAAGGUUCGGAGCAAAAUUUGGUUUCGGGGGCUUCCGAACCUUAUGUGGGAGCUCCAGCUGACCAAAAUACGGAAAUUUUUGAGCAACGUGGCUUGAGGCUGGAAUGUGGGAGGCAUCAAAGUCUGGGAAUUAGUAAAGAAAUGGCGAUGGAUGCAAACGGUUACGAUAUCAAAGUUUCCAAAGAAAGCACGGGAAACGGAAUGCUGGAAUUUCCCAACGGAGAAUCGGAAAUUCUGCAAUCAGAAUCCAAAGAAGACCUCGAGGGUGAUACCCAACUUGACCCAUCAAAGUCUGAAGAGAGCGGCGAGGAGGAUUGGGUAGAACCUGAGGAAGGUGAAGAAAGUGGUACGAGGUGUUCACAAGAACAGAAUACUCAGCCAAUAGAGCGAUUGCAAUACGUGAGCUCAAGCAAGCUGCGUGGAAUUGGGAAUUCCAGCGAGGUGAGACCGGAGUCUCGGAAGAAGGCUACGACAUUGGAGGUGUUGAAAAUUCUGAAGGAAGGCUGUGAUUAUGAGGAUGAUAGCCUUAAGAAUAUCAGUAUUUUCGAGAUCUGUCAGCAGCGCGGAGUGAUUUUUCCACAGCCGAGGUGGUCGCCGGAAGAGGGUUUUAAAGUAGUUGAGCAGCAUGAAGAUGCUGAGGGUGACGAUGCAGAGCAAGAGAAACGAGAACAGUAGGUUCGGAAUGGAAAAGGGUGGUAUUUUUUGUUGUUGGGGGGGGGGAGGUGGUGUUGAAAAUGAUAGUUUUGCUGACCCAAUGUGGAGGGAGAUGAGAGGGCAUGGUAUAUUUUGAGGCCUUUCUGGGUUGUCCUUUUGUUUGGAAGAAAUUGUUAGACUGUCGGACAUCCUCCUGCUCGCCCCUUUCAAAGGUUUAUUAGUAGCAUCAAGUAGUGGCUCACCAUUUAUGGGGGUUCUGUAAAUCAGUUUAUGCCAUUGGUAAACCUGCACAACAGGUGUGGAAACCAUGAGAGUCGCAUCUAUUUCCAAUUUCUUUUUUAUUUGUACUAUGUUUUUGGGAA